AGUCUAAAUACAGGUGUGUUUUUAAAGCCAAAGCUGAUCACGUGCUUCCACUGUAGCUCCUCCUCCGUCCAGAGAGUGGCGCUGUUGUUGUAGUGAAAGUGUAAUAAUGUGUAGAAGAAGGGUUGUGUUGUUAUUGAUCGGCUGUUCUUCAGGUUCUGCAGGUUUUAUUCUGGGUUUAUAAGGAGCUGGAGAGGAGAAUCAGGAGCUGCUCUCUUUAAUAAAGUUACCGUCACACUCCCACUACAAGAACAUAUGGACAUUCCAUAACCAGAAAUACUGCUGAAAACAAUAAAGGGUGAAAGUAUGGUUUCCAGAGGAAGCUCCACAAUGCAGCAGAGAAUGGAAGGCAAAGCGAGCACAGAAGAUAAACCGCAUCACUGCUCCGAGUGUGGAAAGAAAUUUGCAAGUCUGGAUUACCUAAGAAAACACCAGCGCUUUCACACAGAAGAGAAGCCAUAUAACUGUUCAGAGUGUGGAAAGUGUUUUAUAGAACUGCGUACUCUUCAGGAACAUCAGUACAUUCAUACAGGAGAGAAACCGUAUCACUGCGCCGAGUGCGGGAAGAGUUUUAGACAGGGAAGUACCUUUAAAAUCCAUCAGCGCACUCACACUGGAGAGAAACCGCAUUACUGCUCAGAUUGUGGAAAGAGGUUUACAAAUAGAACUAAUUUAAUGGUCCACCGGCGCAUUCACACUGGAGAGAAACCGUAUCAGUGCCCAGACUGUGGGAAGAACUUUUCAUGCGUAGAUUACAUGAAGAGACACCAGCGCAUUCACACGGAAAAUAAGCAGUACGACUGUUCGGUUUGUGGGAAAAGCUUCGCAGAACCGAACUACCUGAAGAAACACCAGCGCAUUCACACAGGAGAGAAUCUGUUUCACUGCACAGAGUGCGGGAUGAGUUUUACGGGAUCACGUAACCUGCAGGAACACCAGCGCGUUCAUACAGGAGAGAAACCGUAUCACUGCUCAGAGUGCGGGAUGAGCUUUAGUCACGGAAGUACCUUAAAAAAACACCAGCGCGUUCACACUGGAGAGAAACCGUAUCAGUGCUCGGAGUGUGGGAAGAGCUUUAGAAAGGUAACCAACCUAACAUUGCACCAGCGCAUUCACACUGGAGAGAAACCGUAUCAAUGCUCAGACUGCGGGAAAAAAUUCACAAAUUCAGUUUAUCUAAAAAAGCACCAGCGCAUUCACACUGGAGAGAAGCAGUAUAGCUGUUCGGUUUGUGGAAAAAGCUUUGCAGAUAUAAAUUACCUGAAGAAACACCAGCAUAUUCACAAAGGAGAGAAACCAUUUUACUGCUCAGACUGCGGAAAGAAUUUUACAGAACUGCGUACUCUUCAGGCUCAUCAGCACAUUCAUACAGGAGAGAAACCGUAUCAGUGCUCCGAGUGUGGUAAGAAGUUCGCAAGUCUGGAUUACCUAAGAAAACAUCAGCGCAUUCACACAGGAGAGAAACCACAUAACUGUUCAGACUGCGGAAAGAGUUUUACCGAACUGCGUAAUCUUCAGGAACAUCAGUUCAUUCAUACAGGAGAGAAACCGUAUCAAUGCUCAGUGUGCGGGAAGAGUUUUAGACAGGGAAGUACCUUUACAAAACAUCAGCGCACUCACACUGCAGAGAAACCGUAUUACUGCUCAGAUUGCGGGAAGAGGUUUACAAAUAGAACUAAUUUAAUGAUCCACCAGCGCAUUCACACUGGAGAGAAACCGUAUCAGUGCCCAGACUGCGCGAAGAGCUUUUCAUGCGCAGAUUACAUGAAGAAACACCAGCGCAUUCACACGGAAAACAAGCAGUAAAACUGUUCGGUUUGUGGUAACAUUUUCGCAGAACCGAAUUACCUAAAGAAACACCAGUGCAUUCACACCGGAGAGAAUCUGUUUCACUGCUCGGAGUGCGGGAUGAGUUUUACGGGAUUACGUAACCUCUGUGGUGCCCAGCUCGAGAACUCCAAGCUCUACACAUCCCCCUGUUAAGAUAGAACCUGAAUCAUACGGACUAAUUUAUGGCUACAUUCACAUUACCAGGCUGAAGUGACUCAAAUUAGAUUUUUUGCGCAAUGUGGCUCAGAUCUGAUUUGUUCAUGGCUGUGUGAUCGUGACAAAUAUGAUUUUUCCCAAUCAGAUUUGAGCCACUUUCAUAUGUGGUCCUAAAUCAGAUACAUAUCCAAUCUAUGGACAUGCGACAUGAAUGUGAACGGUCAAAUCUGAAUUCAUGCUUCUUUUUGCUUUUACGCAUUAGCAUUAGCGUUAUGUGCUUCUCUCUCAUACUCUGCAAAAACAGCAAAAGCAAACCGCCUGGCCUUUUUUCUCCUCCUGGACCUGAUCAUGAACUUCAGAGCAGCUGUUUACUCUCCACUCCAGCAAAAGAUGCUCCACAUAUGAGCUGCUAACUCAUCCAUUUCCCUUUAUAAAGCUACGAGUCUCUCCUCUCUCUAAUAGGAGGGUUUUUGUUGUUGGUGAAGAAGGAGAGUUUCGGGGACAGAUUUUUUCACAUUACGCACAGAUACAGAUCACUUACAUUUACAGUGAAUGUGAACCUUCAAGAUAGUUAAAUCCCAUCUGAGCAAAAAAUCGGAUUUCAACAAUGUGGCUUGUAAUGUAAACAUGGCCUAUGCUAACCAUGUACUAGACAACUUUUUAGUCAAAGACAAAGAUUUUGCAAAGACUGGGGAUCUUGCAGGGUCACUAUUUGCAGGACCGUAACUGGAUUCUUUCUGAGAUUAUUCAUUUUUUAAAAUAUUAUUAUUACUACUCUUAAACACUCCACAGAUCCACCAGUUUCUCCUCCUUUUCUACAAUUUUCUCACCGGAGUCUCUUCCAUGUCCAGUUUCGCAAGCGUUCCCGCACUAGCCUUGCGGCUUCCUGUAGCUCUUCUCCUAUUGGUUGUUGACAUUGUUCAUGUCACUAUUUGCGUGAGCCAAGUUUCACGACUCAAGAAUAUUAAACACUGAUGAUUUUAUCUGAACGCAGGAAGAGAAAAAAAAUGACUUAAACCUUCAAUCCAAACCACUUUACAUUGAACUAACGAGACGACGCCACCACAACUCAACUCUAACACAACUCUCAUGAUUUUAUUCCAACGCUGGAAAUUUGUCGGUGACAGAGAAAUCAAUUAAAAAUUGUUUUUUUAAUUAGAUAUUAGAAUGAGAUAUCAUGUGUUUUAUAUGUAUUUUUUACUGUACAUAUAGUUGUUGUAUGUGGAAAUCAGUGGGUGUGUGAUGAUGCCCUGCAAUAAACUGGCAGUACAGCUGGGUAUUGAAAUCCGAUACAGAAAAA